AUGGGCUACCACGACAGCUACAGCAACGCCGGCUACGCGCUAAACCUUGAUGGAACCGCCGACUCGUUGAGGGAAACGUUUGCACAGCUGAGAAUUGAUGGCUGGAUCGAUCGAUACACGAGAGCCAUCAUCACCGAGUUCUCGAUCUACAACGCGCAGACAAACUACUUUGCCGUCGUGCAGCUGCUCUUGGAGAAUCCACCAGAUGGCACCAUUUAUCCGUCCUACUGGGUGGAAACGGUUCGACUUUUGGAGAAUGGAGGAACGGAUGGACAGAUGUCCGGCUACUUUGAGACUCUCUACAUCUUGUAUGUGGUGAUCGUUGUGAUCAUCGAGGUGACGAGUCUCAUCCGAAAAGGAAUCAGCCCACUAUUCGACUUCUGGAACUUUAUUGAUUUCUUGACGAUGCUCAUCGCUUGUUGCUCACUGUACGCGUAUCUGUUCAGAUAUUUGGCAACUGUCCAGGUCACAAACGAGUUUAAAGCCACCAAUGGAAACGCAUACAUCAAUUUGGGAAAACAACGAGACUAUGAGCUCUACUUUAACUGGCUGCUCGCUUUCGUCGUCUUCUUUGUCACACUGAGAAUGAUUCGGAUCUUGCGUUUCAAUCGUCGAAUCUCUGUCCUCGCGAUGACUCUCUCAAAAGCCGGCGGUCAAAUGGCCUCCUUCUCGAUAGCUUUCUUCAUCGUCAACAUGGCGUUCAACUCGGCUCUUUUCUUGUUAUUGUUUGACAAGCUCGAAGGCUUCCGCAAUUUGCUAUCAGUGACAGAAACGGGAAUCUCGGGAAUGUUGGGGAAAUUCGAUCUCUCUGACAUCAUUCAAGCAUCCGCUCUAGGCUCAGCAAUCUUCAUCAUUUUUAUGAUCACCGGCACAGUGAUUCUCAUCAACAUGUUCAUCAUGAUUGUCAUGUUUGAAUUUGAGCAAGUUCGAAACGAUUCCAACCUGCAGACGAACGACUACGAGAUUGUGGAGCAUUUGACUGGAAAGGUAAUGCGCCGCGCUGGGCUCUUCAAUCGAUCCGAUCUCCCGCCUGUCUCUUUCCCGAACACUGAAAUCUAUUCGGAAGUCGUUGACAAGCUCGAGCAAAGUGUGAAACUCCUCCUUCUGCGUCUCCACACGAUGCGCUCGCUCGAAAAAAUGGACUUUGACGGGAUGAAUGUGGUCGAAAUCAUGAACCCGAUGGGGCUCGAUUUCAUGGAAACGUCCGAUGGAGAGCGACGAGCCACGAAAAUUCGGGACAGCAAUUGGAAGAAACAAAAACUUGGGGAUUUUCAA